AAGCAUUGAUUCAUAUUUCAUACCGACGGAGACGGGACUCCACCCAAUCGCCAGAGAAUUUGAUCUGAGUUCGAGAGAAACUUCAAUUCCUCGCCGGAGAAGAAGAGGGAGGAGCAGUAGAAGAUGAGGAUCAACGUCAAUGCAGUCGCUCCAAAAGUGGAUGUCGAUAAUCGGAUUCCUCUUCGUUAUUACUACCGAAUCGCCGAUAAUCUCCUCAAACAGGCAAAUAUUUACCGAGAGGAAAAGAAUAUUGUGGACUUGUACAUAAUACUAUUAAGAUAUUCAAGUUUGGUGUCUGAAACUAUACCAUUCCAUCGGGAUUACCCUGCUUUAUUACCGAAGGAAAAAGUAACUUAUAAGAAGAGACCGUUAGCUGUACUUGAUGAACUUGAAUCUUUGAAACCAGAGUUUCUCCGCCGAGUGGAUGAACUGAAUGAAGCUCAAGCUGGGGCUCAACUGCUUGAACUUGAUGGCCAAGAUAGGACAUCAGGUAGCUUGGUUACAUCAUCUUCUUCAGAAUGGCCUGCUGUCAAUAGAGGAACUAUGUCAAGCAUGGAUAGUAAGAGGCCUGCCAAUGUGGCUAUUCAAUCUUCACAGAAGUAUAAUGGUGACCAGAGUCAAUUUAAUUUUUCAAGCAUGACCCAGUUUGAUAAGCAGUUCCAGAAGUUGUCUCUUAACCUGCCUCCUCCAAACAAAGAAACACUGUCUAGGCACUCCAUUUUAGGCCCAAAUGGUCUUCGAGGCAAGUGGCAUGCACCAAGCAUGGAGAUAAAAGUUCAAUAUCCAAGCAAUAUGGACUUGAUGCCUGCUGAAAAUUCAAGCCUGAAUCAGGCUGGCCAAUGUGGUACUCUGGCACUGAAAGCUGGUGAUCUGGGAGGUGUUUCUUCUACCAUGGAGUCAGUUCUCUCCUUAGAUGAUGGUAGAUGGUCUCAUCCUGCCAAAGAGUUAUGCUCCCCCUUGAUUAAUGAAGCCAGGGAGGAUCCUUUCCAGUUUGUUGGUAUCAAACAACCUUUGCCUCCUCCUGUUCUUGCUGAAGUGCAGCAGGAUUAUGCUCCAAUUUCUCCAUCAAAAGUUGCAGAUCCAAGACCUGGUCCAGCAAAGCCUUCUCAAGAUGGACAACCAAGCACUAACUCUUACCAACAUUUACAUGUGCCUGUAAGUAUGAUGGAGGAUUUCUUGAGACUGGCUCGGGCAAACACAGAAAAAAAUUUUGAAACAUGUGGUGUUCUUGCUGGUUCAUUGAAAAACAGGAUUUUCCAAAUCACUACACUUAUUAUCCCAAAGCAGGAGUCAACUUCAGAUACGUGUUCGACAUUAAAUGAAGAAGAAAUUUUUGAAGUUCAAGACAGAUUAUCUCUUUUCCCACUGGGUUGGAUUCACACACACCCAACACAGACUUGUUUCAUGUCAUCAGUUGAUCUGCAUACUCAUUACUCAUAUCAGAUUAUGUUACCAGAAGCGAUCGCAAUUGUUAUGGCCCCAACCGAUACAUCCAGUCCACAUGGUAUAUUUCAUCUGUCCGAUCCAGGUGGUGUGUCUGUUAUUCGUAAUUGUCAGCAACGGGGGUUUCAUCCCCACGAAGAAUCAUCAGAUGGAAGCCCCAUCUACGAGCACUGUUCUCACGUCUAUAUGAACCCCAGGUUAAAGUUUGAUGUUAUUGAUCUCCGGUGAACUUGCUAUGCCUUGACUUGAUGAGGUAUAUAUGGGAAGUAAACAAUCACACCAUGUGCAGUAAAUCACUUUUUUCUCUACAUCAAUGUUGUAAAUUUCUUUGGGCGGAAAUGUUUUUUAUUAGGCGUCAUAACCCGAUUUUGACGGGGUCAAAUAUGUUUUUUUUUUUUCUUUAAAUCUAAUUAUUACCAAUUCUAAGCGAUUUUUAUUUCUCAUAAAUUUUUAGGAUUUUAACUAAAAAUCAAAUUUCGACUCUUUAAUGUUUGUAUGAGAAAUUAAUUUGAAAUAAACUUUAAGAGAAAAUUGGGACUAAUUACAAAAUGUUUGCAACGUUUGUCCUAUUUGUAAGCCAUGAGAUUGAUUGUAGCUACUCAUUUGCACACAGGGAAAUUGCAAGGAAUUAAAUCCAGAGUGCUAAAAUUGGGUGGAUCGCAAAAGAAGAAAAGUAAACUUACAAAACAUGUCAGCCUGAUGCUUGGAAAAGAUAACAAGUCCACGAGACUUAAAUGAAGUAAUUAAAAUUCAGAAGAUUGAUAAACAAAUUGAGGAAAAUUGUAAAUGGAAAUUUCAUUUUCUUCAAGCCUCACCAGACCAAAGAUAUCCAUUUGAUUCUCCCAUUGUGAUUCAAUUGGGAAGGAAAGAAUCCUCAAAUCUCAUUUUGUAAUUUUUCUUUUAAAGGUAUUUAGAAUUCUAAAAAAUAAUUUGAA